AUGCUUUCGAACCAGCCAAAGCACCUAGAGGCUUGCGUGGAAAGUAACGUCGAUGGGAAAAGUUUGAACGAAUAUGAAGUGAUACAUCACGAGAAGGACCAAGAUGGAUAUCCGUAUACCGAGUGUUUCCUCGAGACUAUCGAUGAAACAUUCACAAUCAAGAUCAAGAAGAACGAUGUAGCUUUAUUCGAAAGACAUGAGUGGUAUUCGAUAUGUCGAGUUGACGGUCUAAGGUUACCCGGUAGUGUAUGGAAGCAUAAAUUGAUCAACACUUUUGAUACGUUGAAAGAAAGGAAAGACGGGAAAGUGUACGAAUCAAAACUCAAAUUCGCUUCUUUGGCAACAACCGAUGAGGAAGAACAGGUCACGAUCGGUUCAGAUGUUUUGAAAAAGCUCGGUACGAUCAGGAUCGACAUUCAGUUUGGGGAAUGGAUUGCUGGUUCCUCGACACACAAAGGGUACCUAGCAAGUCCAAUAUCAGGAGUGGUACACGAGAAAGUCAAGAAGUGA